AUGUCGAAUUUCGGAGUACUCGCUCAUCUUCAAAAUGGUCUUAAGCUAUUAAACCAAAGGUCACUUCAUACCAGCCCAAGACUACUCAUUAUCAAACCAUCAAGAAAGCAAAUAUUGGCAAGGAGAGAUGCUGCUAAUCCAGUGCUACAACAAAAGAGAGUCUCAAUCUCUUCUCCCGAUGCUCUCCCACCACUUUUUAUUCUAGAGACGGACCGAAAAGCCGGAGCCCUGAAUGUAGACCCUCAUAAGGCCAUUGAAUUCCUCCGAAGUUAUCAACGGGUGUUGGAUGAGCAAACAAGCUCAUUGAGGGGAUCUGAUACUUGCAGCAAACACGGUUUGACAGCAUCUGAUGUGACACAACUAUCUUUUUCUUUGGGAAGAUGCGGGGAACAAGCACAAAAAGCACUAGGAAGAAGUUUAAUAGACUUAGCUUCAAAUAUGGGAGACGCUGGAGCCACAUUGGAGGUUAUGUCUCAUGCUCUCCGUAACAACCAGCUACACACAGCAAGGACUGGACCUUUUCUUGCUCGUUUAGGUAUUUUAGCCAAGAAGAAGGAGAACGUCCAGGCUAUGGGAAUGCUUGGCCGAAUUCUCUUCAGCCAAGGAAAGGAAACCGAAGCUCAGCAGUGGCUGCAAAAAGCGAUUUCCGGACCAGAAUUGGCGACCUUCCCAGGAGCUGCGGAGACACUUGUUGUUCUUGGUCUAAUUCUCCAAAAGACCGAUAAAGAAGCCGCAAAGAAAAUCUUCAGAAAAGCAGCAUUAGAUCUCGAUGAUCCCUCUGCAUACUUUUAUCUUUCCCAACACGUAGGUCCUGACGAGGAUGAUGAGAGAGUGGUUUACCUACUCAAAGCAGCCGGCGCAGGCUUGCCUGAAGCAUGUCACAAUCUUGGCGCCAUUGAGUUAUCUAAGAUGGGUGACCAGGCCGACAAAAAACCGACAGAACGAACUUACGGGUAUGCUAAAGAAUGGUUCCAAGUUGCAGCCGAGGGUGGCUUUGGCUUGAGUAUGUUGAAUUUGGCUUCAAUAUGCAAAUCUCAGGGUCAGAUUGCGGAGGGUUUGAAAUGGUUAGAGCAAGCAGAGGCGCUGCCUGAACUUCGGGAUGAAGCAGUAAAGAUGAGAUCUGGUUUCGAUUCUGAUUAA